CCAGGAGUGCUCGAGCUUUGGGGGAGCUGCAGCAGCGCCUCCAGGAGCGCGCGCCGCCCCGCGACCUGCUGCGCACCGGCACUCGGGAUGGAGCUCGAGCCCGCCAGGUUCGCGCUCAAGUCAAAGCAGCAGACGGAGGGAAUCGAGGGGGCGUCGCAGGCCAAGAAGCACCGCACAGUGGAGGCGCUGCUGCAAGGCGGCAGCGGCAAGGACGACAGCGUUCUCGCUCGCCUCGUCGCAGUGCUGGCCAGGCUGGCGUUAACCAGCGCAGCCGAACUGCGAGACAUCGCUGGCUUGGUAUUCGUCACGCUGCUCCUGCCCAUCGAGGGCGCCGUCGCCAAAGCCACGAAGGCCGCAGGCGCCACGUGCCACGAGACGGCGCAGGCACUCAAGAAGAGCAACGACGAGAGGGGCCUCGAGGAGCUCGGCCCACCGCGCGCCCACAUCUUCAUGGCAAUGGUGAUGGGCAUCAACCAAGAGGCGUGCGAGCAGACGAGCAAAGAGACCAUCUACCAGUUCUGGAUGGCGCACAUCAAGGACAAGGGAGCGCAGGAGGUCCAGGAGUCGGCGAUGCACUGCAAGUGCCGCCCAACGAAGCCGAAGGAAAACAAGCCAGGCAUGGUGAAGCUGAGCUUCGCCCUCAACAGCAAGCACGCGGCGGUGCAGGACGCGCUGGUGGUGGAGCUGCGCCGCAGGGGCGGAGCGGUGAAGAGGGGGCCAGCGCCUCGCGGCCCACUCGAGCGAGCGGCGCAGCAGCUGCUGGACGAGUACGAGGGCACGAAGAAAGGCAAGGGCGGCAAGGCGUAGCAUGCAUGACGGCCAGCCAGCAUAAUAUUAUUGCCAGACAUUCGAGCAGGCUCCUGGAACUGGUGCAAAGAGGCGCUGUACCGCUACAGACAGCGCUGAGCCAGGCCAUGGGAUCUAUGACAAUCGCUCCAGUACGACGUCGUACGAAACACAAAAUUUUGGCUCUCGACAUUUGAGUUGAGAGGGCCAAUUCAAUAUUCGGGAUGGCGAGCCUUCUGGGGAGAUAUGGAUGUGGGCCCAGUCUUACAGGAUGAGCGUCAGUGACACGCUGAAGGAGGCUGACGAUGACACCAACUCGUUCCCAGUCAUCUCGAACGCCUACUGAGUACGCUGCGCGUGCCCGCUGCCCCGCAUCGCUGGAACAGCGUUCGGAGUGUUUGGACGGAGUCCUCCCCCUCUCACGCCUCCUCGCACCUGCCAGGUGGUCGAC